AUGAGACAGACACUCUACCUAGAAGUCUUCUGUGUAGUGUUGGGAUCGCUUACUGUCAAGAUCUCCAGUGAACUGAAACUUAAGUUGAAUCUUCAUAUGCGCUGUUACAUGUUUUCAUGGGUGCGUCAGGAUAAAAGAGUGAACUCCGUUCUCAAAGCUCAAGCAAUUAAACAUUCUAGGUUCACCAAAAAUCUGUCACCUGACAAGAUCAACCUGAGCACAUUAAAGGGGGAAGGUCAGCUGACCAAUUUAGAGCUGGAUCAAGAGGUGCUUCAGAACAUGCUGGAUCUUCCAACAUGGCUUGCUAUAAACAAAGUUUUUUGUAAUAAAGCAUCCAUUAGGAUACCAUGGACAAAAUUGAAAACGCAUCCCAUCUCUUUGUCCUUGGAUAAAGUUGUAAUGGAAAUGAGCACAUGUGAAGAGCCACGUGCCCCUAACGGACCCUCUCCUAUAGCAACUGCAUCUGGACAGAGUGAAUAUGGCUUUGCUGAAAAAGUGGUAGAAGGAAUUUCGGUUUCUGUGAACUCCAUUGUAAUAAGGAUUGGUGCAAAAGCCUUUAAUGCUUCAUUUGAACUUUCCCAGCUGAGAAUAUAUAGUGUAAAUGCAAACUGGGAACAUGCUGACCUCAGAUUUACGAGAAUACAGGAAGCUCAACGUGGAGAGGUUUUGACUUUUAAAGAAAUCAACUGGCAGAUGAUCAGAAUAGAAGCAGAUGCAAUCCAGAGUUCUAAGCAUGAAAUCAUGAGUGCUCCAGUGCGACUGAUUACUAACCAAUCAAAAAUAAGGGUCACACUUAAAAGAAGGUUAAAGGAUUGUAAUGUAGUGGCAUCAAAACUGGUUCUGAUUCUGGAUGAUUUGCUAUGGGUUUUGACUGAUUCCCAGUUGAAAGCCAUGGUGCAGUAUGCCAAAUCUCUUAGUGAAGCCAUAGAGAAAUCUACAGAACAGAGAAAAAGCUUGGCUUCUGAAACAGCACAG